AUGCGAAAUCAUGCAAAAACUUGUUACGCACCGGUAACCCUGCUGCGAGCAGAUGUUUAUUUGGCAUCUGAACUGAAAAUAUCAUCACUAGCUAUAAACAAAUCAGGAGACUGGUUAGCAAUUGCUUGUGGGAAGGGAAGCGAUGGACAACUGAUCGUUUGGGAAUGGCAAAGUGAAACAUACGUGAUGAAGCAGCAGUCGCAUAGCCAGUCGAUUAUGGCGGUAGCUUAUUCUCCGGAUGGGUCUCAAAUUGCCACUGGAGCCGAGGACGGAAAGCUGAAGAUUUGGUCCUGUCGAACUUCGUUUUGUAUUGUCACAUUUACGGAGCACAGUAGUGGAGUGAGUUCGGUUUGUUGGACUUCUGACGGCAAAGCAGUUCUGUCUUCAUCUUUGGAUGGUACUGUACGUGCACAUGACUUAGUUAGAUAUCGCAAUUUUCGGACGUUAGUUUGCCCUGAUAAGACGCAGCUUGGUUCUCUGGCUGUUGAUUCUUCUGCCGAGCUCGUUAUUGCAAGUUCGAUUGAAAAUUUCAACAUCUACGUUUGGAGCCUUGAAAAUGCGAAGUUACUGGAUAUUUUGUCCGGACAUACAGCCCCUGUAGCCGCUAUAUCUGUUCACGGCAAUAGCCUGGCCUCAGCAUCCUGGGACAAAACGCUGCGUAUAUGGAACGUCGUUGAAGCGUCAACUGCUGAAACCAUCGAUUUGCUUGAUGAAGCGCUUGACGUCGCUUAUUCACCCAGCGGAGAAUUACUGGCUGUAAACAUA